GGUGAAGCCACGCCCAUUUGAAAAUGUCCGCCUCUUUCCCUGCACACCUAUUGGUCAGCGGGGAGGUGAGGGGCGGGCCCUGUCAGGUGGUAUAAAUUGCUGCUUCGGCCCGGUCGCUCCUGCGGGACACACUUGGACCAAGACCCGAAAAGGGGACUGCUGAGCUAUUUCAGACCCACCAUCCUUCAGUGGAACCGAGCUUGAGAUUAUAUAUCUAUACAUGCAUACACACAACCAUAUUUAUUUAUUUAACAUGGAAUGCGUCCUGUGUCUUAUUUUGCUGACAACAGCGUUCAUCUCACAGGUCACAGGGGAAGUAGCUUCAGCAGGGAUACCCAGACUUCCCUUUCCCAGCCACUUCUUCCACCUCUUCCGGAGGUAUCCCGAGGCGUUCCCAAGCCACCCGAGAGACCCAGUCUCUCCAGCGUGUCCCGGGUCGUCCUCGGGGUCUCUUUCCGGUGGGACGUGCCGGGAACGCCUCACUCGGGAGGCAUCUGGAUCAAAUGCCCCCAGCCACCUCAUCUGCUUCCUCUCAAUGCGGAGGAGCAGCGGCUCGACACUGAGCCCCUCUCGGAUGACCGAGCAUCUCACCCGUUGUCUCAGGGAGAGCCCGGACACCCUGCGGAGGAAACUCAUUUCGGCCGCUUGUAUCCGGGAUCUUGUUCUUUGGGUCACGAUCCGCAGCUCGUGCCUAUAGGUGAGGGUAGGGACGUAGAUCCACUGGUAAAUGGAGAGUUUCGCCUUUGGACUUAGCUCCCUCUUCACCACAACGGACCGAUACAAAGUCCGCAUCACUGCAGACGCUGGACCGAUCCGUCUGUCGAUCUCCCGCUCCAUUCUUCCCUCACUCUCGAACAAGACCCCAAGAUACUUGAACUCCUCCAGUACUAGUACUGCGUUACAACAUACCGUAAUGACCAAAAUUAAAUAGAAUGAAAUAGAUUUAUGUUAUGCUUUACAUAAAUUGAAUGGGUGCCGUUAUCGUGAGCCAUCUGCGAGCAAUAUAAGACAAACGGAUGGAUAUACGUACGGUACUGCCAAUCUACAGACCUCUCAGGUCCUUGUAGAGGAUAGAGAAUAUAUGCCCCUGAGUACUGUUACAUUGAAUGUGUAAAUAUGUUUUUUCACUCUUUGUGUUCAAAUGUCAGUUAUUUAAAAGGUUAUAUGCAUUUACAGUAAUAUGUGAGUAUUAGCAUUAAGCUAGCAGACAAAUGGAAGUUGUGAGUAAACGUUAGCUGGGAAUGGCAUUCAACAGUUCAGAGACAUUUAAUAUUAGAAAAUGACUUCUGGUAUUGUGAAAAACUGUUGAACAGUCGGCUAACGUGUGUAUCAAAAACAAACGAAAAGCAAAACGUGAACAUUUGUCACGUUUAUUUUCACUGAACCAAACUCUUUGGCUAUCUCUCAAGCCUCAGAAGUCGUUUUUCUGGAGUGUUUUGGUUAUUGUUGAAUUCCAAAAAUAUCUCAUUUUUAAUUUUAAAUCCUCAAUACCAUUUGCGUCUAGAGGUUCCACUCUAUUGUUUUGCUUUCCUGGUCUUUCGCAAAACUAAUUAUGAUCAGGACUGAGAAACAGGUCCUGUGCAUGUUAGCAUUUUGUCAAUCCUCAUUACAAAUAUGAGAAUCUUGAGAGCAAGAAGAAGUAGAACGCUUAUCGAUCUUCCUGCUUUCCCCUCCUCAGGUUGUUAUGUUAGCGUAAAAAAAAAAAAAAAAAAAAAAAGAUGUUAGCAUUACAUGAAUUCUCAUAAAUGGCACCAGACUCCAGGGCAAGAUGUAAAACUUUUGUUUCUCUGCUAAAGCGCUUUCGCUUCUGGUCGCUUGCUAGCUACAUGUUAGCAUCACAACUGUGUUUAUGUCAUCAUUUUAUCAAUCCUUAUCGGCAGUGUAACUUGUAUAAAAAGGACGGCUGUAAAAGUCUUAUCAAUUCCUCAUAGUGCUUUUGCUUAUGUUAUCAUAACUGUAGCGUGUUAGCGUUUGAGGAUUCCCAAUGGUUUUAAAACCCUCAUCAGUCUUGCUGUAUGGAAGCAUAACUGUAUUAGCAUUUCAUCAGUUCUCCGUUUAGGUUCUAGAACUCCUUAAAUCAGAAAUGUAACGUGAUCGCAGGAAAUGAUGUAACCCCUUAUCCAUCUCCCCCGAGCGUGUUUUGUGUACACGUUGCUAUCUCGCUGCGCGAAUAGCGAGCGUGUGUGAUUUCAACUUGGCUUUUAUCUCCCGUCUGACGCUGCGGCGGGUCCAGGCGAUGGCCGCCUGCCCCGCGACGUGUCAGUGUCCCGCAGGCCGCCCGGUGUGCCCUCCGGGGGUUAGCGUGCUACCGGAUGGCUGCGGGUGCUGCAAGGUGUGCGCCGCGCAGCUCAACCAAGACUGCAGCCCCACGAAGCCUUGCGAUCGCCACAAAGAGCUGGAGUGCAAUUACGGCAACGACGUCACAGAGGCCCGGGGUGUGUGCCGAGCCAAAUCCGAAGGACGCACGUGCGACUACAGCGGCAGGAUCUACCAGAACGGCGAGAGCUUCCGCGUGGGCUGCAAGCAUCAGUGUACCUGCUUGGACGGCGCCGUGGGCUGCGCGCCUCUCUGCGACCACAAACUGCCGGCGGCCUCGCCGUCGUGCCCCUUCCCUCGGCUGGUCGGGAUUCCCGGCCGGUGCUGUUUCGCCGUGGACUGCCACGAAGACACCUGGCGCCUUCCGGCCCGCCAUAAGCCGCAGAUGCCCUUUCCGAAAGGACGGAAACCCAAACCGGAGCGCCGUCCCCUCCCUCGGCCUCACGAAAACGAUCUGCCGGAGACCAAUGAGAUUGCGGCCUUGAAGACGAGCGGCUGGGAGGCGGAGCCUGGCUACAAACAUCUGCCCGUGUGGAGCCACCAGAAGAAGACGUGUCCCCUCCUCACCACCGACUGGUCGCAGUGUUCACGCAGCUGCGGGACCGGCGUUUCCUCCCGCCUCUCCAACAAGAACGCCCGCUGCAAGCUGGAGAGGGAGACCAGAAUGUGUACGGUGCGGCCGUGCAGCGCCGCACAGACGCUUCCGAGCAAGCGAGGCAAAAAGUGCAGCGCUAUGCAGAGAUCCCCGUCGCCCCUCCGCCUGUCCUUCGGCGACUGCGCGAGCGUGCGCCUGUACAGGCCCAACUUCUGCGGGCGGUGUCGGGACGGACGCUGCUGCUCGCCGCGCCGCACCCGCACCCUCCCCGUCGACUUCGCCUGCCCGGACGGCCAGCGCCUGCGGAGGUCGGCCAUGUUCAUCCAGUCGUGCAAAUGCAGCGAGGAGGCUUGCGGCCACCUGAACGACGUGGCGCUCCCGCCGCAGCGCUGGAUGCAUGACGACAAUCAUACAUUUACAGACAAGGAGUGGUGAUUUUAUUUUUUUUUUAUUCCUCUCAAGACGACGAGCCAGGUUAUUCAUUGACUUUUUUUUUUUUUUUUUUUUCUGGCUCCAAGUGAGCAAGGGGGCCCCCCCUGGUUGUAAUGUGUGUGGCCCAAGGUGGCCUCGUUCAGACGUGGGAGCGAAAUUAGAGCCCUGAUGCAGCUCCGGACUUCCCUCCCUCACGGGGGAUAAGAUUGCUUAUUCCGACAAGGAUUAUUUUGAGACCCUCCAGACAGCAGCCCACAAGAGGAAACGCUCUGCGAGGUGGUUUGGAAAGUGACUUCUAACUUGUCAACACAAAAGUAACACGCUACCAUUUUGCAACUUUUUUUUUUUUCUUUUUGUGACUAAAGUGUGUGAUGUACAGUGAAAGCACCACGUACCAUGCGCAUAGUGACACUUAAUUUUUCUGAUGCGGUUUGCUGCGAUCUUGACUGAAGAAUGCGCUUAUUGAGAAAUGCUGAAGUGAGUUGACGUAGUCCUUUGUCAUCGUCUUGUUCCAUCUACAAGUAUUCCCCGCGAAUAACUGGUUCACUAUACUUUGUGGAACCAACAUAAUGUCCAGGAGUGCUGGAGCCGAUGCCAGCUUUCAACCCUAACCAGCCGCACUCACGAUCACACCUAGGGGCAAUUUAGAGUGUCCCAUUAAUGUUGCGUGUUUUUGGAAUGUGGGAGGAAACCGGAGUGCCCGGAGCAAACCCACGCAGGCACGGGGAGAACAUGCAAACUCCACACGGGCGGGUCCGGGAUUGAACCCGGGACCUCAGAACUCUGAGGCCAAGGCUUUACCGGCUGAGACACUGUGCCGGGUUCCUCUCAUCUUCCAAAAAUACAUUUAGUUCAAAGCCUGCACUUUGUAAGGUCUGGUACACAAAAAUGUGAUAUCAAAUAUUAAAAGAUUUUUUUUUCUCUGUGAGAGACCCCACCUAAAAGUUUUUUUUUUUUUGCCAUUAAUGUUCUUCUUUUCCUUUCGGCUUGUCCCUUUUGGGGUUGCCACAGCAUGUCAUCUUUUUCCAUCUUAGCCUAUCUUGUGCAUCUUCCUCUCUAACCACCCACAGUCUUCAUGUCCUCCCUCACCACAUCAACCUUUUCUUUGGUCUUCCUCUCUCUCGCUCUUUUGCCUGGCAGGUCCAUCCUCAGCACCCUUCUACCAAUAUCCUCAGUCUCACACCUGUGGACAUGUCCAAACCAUGGAAGUCUGCUCUCUCGAACCUCGUCUCCAAAACAUCCAACUUUGGCCGUCCCUCUAAUGAGCUCGUUUCGAGUUCUAUCCAACCUGUUCACUCCGAGCGAGAACCUCAACACCUUCUUUUCUGCCACCUCCAGUUCUGCUUCCUGUCGUUUCUUCAGCGCCGCCAUCUCUAAUCCGUACAUCAUGGCUGGCCUCACCACUGUUUUAUAACUUUGCCCUUCAUAUCUCAGCGGAGACUCUUCUGUCACAUAGAACACCAGACACCUUCCGCCAACUGUUCCACCCCGCUUGGACCCAUUUCUUCACUUCCAUACCACACUCACCGUUGCUCUGGAUUGUUGACCCCAAGUAUUUGAAGUCGUCCACCUUCGCCAUCUCAUCUCCACUCUUCCUCCUCCGCCCCUCACAUUCAUGCGCAUAGAUUCUGUUUUACUUCGGCUAAUCUUCAUUCCUCUCCUUUACAUUCUUUCCAAGUUUCUAAUUGUUCCUCCGCCCGCUCCCUGUUUUCACUGCAGAUCACAAUAUCAUCUGCGAACAUCAUAGUCCAAAGGGAAUCCAGUCUAACCUCAUCUGUCAGCCUAUCCAUUACUACCGCAAACAGAAAGGGGCUUAGCGCGGAUUCCUGAUGCAGUCCCACCUCCACCUUAAAUUCUUCUGACACAACUACAGCACAUCUCACCGCUGUUCAUCUGGCCUCAUACAUGUCCUGUACUAUUCUAACAUAUUUCGUCGCCACACCAGACUUGCGCAUAAAGUACCAGUUCCUCUCUUGGUACUCUGGAGUGCUCAACACGUACUAUAUCAUACUAGGGCAGCGCCAACUACCGGAGGCAAAUUCCUUGUGCGUUGUUUACAUUCUUGGCCAUUAAAGUUUAUUCUGAUUCUGUAUCUAAUUGAUAUGUAUAUUUCACAUUCAUCUGGGAUUGUAUUUGUGAUAAGAAUGUUUAUCGGGCCUCUUUUUUUUUUUUUUUUUGGGGGGGGGGGGUCCUGUUUGGCGAGAUCUGAUCAAGGUAGAGAACAGAGAAUCUACAGGGCCUCUUUUAAGAAUUUCAAAUUUUACCCCUUGCAGGCACAGUCCAAACUUACUUUUGAUGAAAUAGCUCCCUCUGUUGGAGAGUUCCAGUCAAUACAGAAAAAGUUAAAUGAGGGACUGCACAUCUUCCUCCUCAUUUAGAUUUAAAAAUAUUCCAAGGGGGCCGUACUACAUUUAUGGAACAAAAACAUAAACGAACAA